CUCCUCUCAGAGCGAACCCUCUGUUGAUUCUCGUUCUCUCCGUGUUUGCCGUCGGUUCAGGAGGAACUCCGCUCAGCUUCUCUGAGACUCGCUGCUGAUGAUGGACGCUCGCAUCUUCAACCCGCUCAUCCUGACGCUGUGCAGCUUCAUCCACGGCUCUCUGCAGGGCGUGUACCAGCGGCGUCUCUACAAGGAGCUGAUGAAGAACUACAACUCGUUAGAGCGGCCGGUCAGCAAUGACUCCCACAGCCUGACCGUCCACUUCAGCUUCAGCCUGCUGCAGAUCAUGGACGUGGACGAGAAGAACCAGGUGCUGACCACCAACAUCUGGCUACAGCUGUACUGGACAGAUUUCUACCUGCAGUGGAACACGUCCGACUAUCCAGGCGUGACCAACGUCAGGUUCCCCGACAGCCAGAUCUGGAGGCCCGACAUCCUGCUGUACAACAGCGCUGAUGAAAGGUUCGAUGCUUCAUUCCACACCAACAUCCUGGUCAACUCCACAGGCUACUGCCAGUACCUGCCACCAGGAAUAUUUAAGAGCACCUGUUACAUCGACGUCCGCUGGUUUCCCUUCGACGUGCAGCGCUGUGACCUCAAGUUUGGCUCGUGGACGUACGGCGGCUGGUCUCUGGACCUGCAGAUGAUUGAGGCUGACAUCACCGGAUACAUCGCCAACGGAGAGUGGGACCUCGUGGAGGUUCCUGGGCGGAGGAACGAGCGUUUCUACGACUGCUGUAAGGAGCCGUACCCUGACGUGACCUUCACCGUGGUGAUGAGGAGGAGGACGCUCUACUACGGGCUCAACCUCCUCAUCCCCUGUGUCCUCAUCUCCACCCUCGCCCUCCUCGUCUUCCUGCUGCCCGCCGACUCCGGAGAGAAGAUCUCCCUGGGUAUCACCGUGCUGCUCUCUCUGACCGUCUUCAUGCUGCUCGUGGCCGAGAUCAUGCCGGCAACCUCGGACUCCGUUCCGCUCAUAGCUCAGUCUUUGAACGCUGGUCUGAAUGGAAGAUGUCGCAUAUUCAGUGAAGCCCUUCUUGGUGAUGGGUCAACACUCAGAGCCACAGAGGAGGAUGCAGCGCUGCUGUUGUCUUGGUCUCCUGCUUGGUUUCCAGGUGGAGUAGAGCCUUCUAGAAACAGCCUGUGCCUCGUUCAGCCUGAGCAUACUCGUGUGAUUUUGUUGAACUGGUGUGCCUGGUUCCUGAGGAUGCGGCGCCCCGGCGAAGCGAAGGUCCGUCCAGCGUGUCACAACGCCGCCAAGCGUCGGCGCGGCAGCCUGUCCAGCCUGGAGCUCAGCGUCAGCCAGGGCUCGCUGCGGCACAACCCACAGGUAAAUAACAGCAACCUCCUCUACGUCGGCUUCAGGGGUGUGGAAGGACUCCACUACGGAUCCCCCGCUGACCCUGAGCUCCUGUGCUCGCGGCUCAUUGGAGGUGGCGUCGGUGCUGAGGAAGACGUGCUGAGAGCAGGAGGAGGGAUUGGAGCUGGAGGAAGAGCGGGGGGAGCAGCUGGGGGUUCGGCCUUGGAGACGGAGCUGAACCAGAUCCUGGAGGAGGUGAGAUACAUCGCCGGGCGUUUCCGCGGCCAAGACGAGGAGGAGACGGUCUGCAGCGAGUGGAAGUUCGCCGCGGCGGUGAUUGACCGGCUCUGCCUGGUGGCGUUCUCGCUCUUCACCAUCCUCUGCACCAUCGGGAUCCUCAUGUCCGCCCCCAACUUUGUGGAAGCCAUUUCCAAAGACUUCUUCAGCUAAGGAGGGAAGACGGGACGAACGAGUGUCUCUAUUUUUAUAUUUAUGGAGAAAUCUCACGUGCAAACCGAAAACCAACGUCUUGGUCCCAGCGCUUUGACUUCACCCUCAUCGUGUCCUCGUAGAAACAAUUAUCCUUCAAAUAAGAGAUAUGUCAUUGCUGUACUUUUCUUUUUUCAGAACUGAACCUCUGUGGAUUCCCACUGUGACCUUUGGACAUUUACUCACUUAUAUCAAACACGUGUUCAGCUGCUCCAGACCUCAUUGUUGUUUCAGACUCUUCAGUUUAGUUCGUGAUGGCAACUCCCAGCGCUGGAGAAGCAGAAAAUCCAGGUUUAAGGAAACUGUUGAAAAAUACCGUAUUUCCCGGACUACAGAGCGCACCUGAAUAUU